AUUCGGACAUAGAAUAUCAAUCAUAUUUUCCUACAACAACAAAAAAAUCUUCCGAUGAAGUUGAAAUUGAACUAAUUGAUAAAUUUCUCACGGAUUAUUUUAAUCUAAAUCCAAAGAUUAACCUACGUGGAUGUUAUGAUCGUUGGAGCAUGGCAGAUAAACAUUUUGCAAAAAUAGCUUGUCAGUUUAAAGGAAUUAGAAUACUACGUCAAGAUCCUGUUGAAAACUUGUUCUGCUUUAUUUGUUCUACUAAUAAUAAUAUCACUCGGAUUUCUCAAAUGAUCGAAAAGUUAUGUAAUAGAUAUGGUAAUUUGAUAUAUACUUUAAAUGGACAUGAAUAUUAUGACUUCCCCACUUUGGACAAACUUGCUUCAUCAAACGUUGAGUCUGAGCUCCGACAGUUAGGAUUUGGUUAUAGGGCAAAAUAUAUUACCCAAACGGCAAAAUAUUUGACGGAAAAUUAUUCCGAUGGAGAAAAAUGGUUAUCUUCAUUGCGUAAUGUGGAUUAUAAUGAGGCCCAUUCUGCUUUAUUGAAACUUUCCGGU